GUGACAUAAAUAGUUGUUACCUAGGGUUUCAACCUCACCCUUCAACCUCCAACCGAUCAUUCUACUUCCUCUGCAUCAAUGGUGAGAGGCUCCUCUCAAUCUCAAACCACCUCUUCUUCCAACACCCGACCCGGCCCACUCGGCGCCGGUCCUCGUGGCUCCCCCGCCGCCACCGCCGGCUUGCGACGCCGUCGCACUACCACCACCGGAUCUGCUACCAGCUUGACCGGCGGCAACCAAAGCAACAUGCUUAGGUUCUACACCGAUGAUGCUCCAGGGCUUAAGAUCACCCCUACUGUUGUUCUGGUCAUGAGCGUCUGCUUCAUCGGGUUUGUUACUGCUUUGCAUGUGUUUGGUAAGCUUUAUCGCAGUUGAAGGCCGAUUCUGUACUGCUGUACGGAGGUUGUUUGUUUCUUGGGUGUUUGUAUGGUUUGUUAGGUUAAAUGUUGGAUCUAAUUUGUUUUCUGCUAUGUAUGUAUGUAGAUAUUUAUGAAUACAUGAAAAAAAAAAAAAAACACGACUUUUAAUUUGAGUGAAUCGAUCGUUAGUGCGCCUUUGUUGUGUAAUCUAAUAGAUCUAACUCGCUGCUGAAUUUCUGCUAUGUAAUAUCCCUUCAGUGA